AUGGAGAUAAUUAGAGGCACAGUAAGUAAGAUCAUCAUCUUGCUGACGAUGAUGUUGCAAGUAUACGGUAUAAUGGAAGUAUUCAGCCAUGAAAAUAAUAAUUCACUACCGCUCAAUUCAGUAAUAAAUAGUAAGUUUUCAUUAACUCGCAAUAAAAGUGCCACAUCCACAAUCAAAGAAACCGUGAUAUGUCAACCAACAUCAACAAAUAUCUUGCCUGUUAGUAAUUAUAACAGCAUAUCGUCGAUACCAGAGUACGUUAAAGAUAAAUUAGAAUCCCUGAUAAUUUGUUUUGGUUCUUUUUCCUGGGUUUUCCAAUAUAAGAUUGGCGUCCUGAUACAAAAGAUGAAACAGGAAUACUUUUUUGAACACGGUUGGUCGCAGGAUCAUGUAACGUGUGAGAAUGAUUUCGUUCUAACAAGGCGAUACGAUCCCAUUUAUAGAAUGUGGGUACCCUAUAUAACAUUUGUGGAAUCCUAUACUGAUGGAUAUAGUUGUGACAAUAUACCAUAUAUUGAUGCAACGAAAGCGGGACAGGAUCGAAUAGAAUAUUUGUUGAAUAGUGAUGUGACAUUGGCUGACAAUAUUGGAUUCUCAUUCAAUUAUUCAACAAGUAUUGAAGGUGGUGGUUCAGUGGUAGUGAAGUGUCGAUUACACCAUAUGCAAAAUGUAUGGAAAUUGUAUGGAGUAGAGAAUAUUUUAUGUAAUAAUACAUGGGAAGAGACGAAGUCUAAAUAUAAUCUGCUUUAA